AUGCCUGUGGUCAACGUAGACGACCUCGUUCGCCUGCAGCGAAAGCCGGAAGAUAUUCGCAAUAUCUGCAUUCUCGCCCACGUCGACCAUGGAAAGACUUCAUUGACGGAUAGUCUCAUAGCCACCAAUGGCAUCAUCUCGCCCAAGCUGGCGGGCAAGAUCCGCUACUUGGACUCGCGACCAGAUGAGCAGCUCCGAGGUAUUACCAUGGAGUCUUCAGCUAUCUCGCUGUUCUUCUCGAUGCUUCGUCGUUCUAGCCCGGAUGCUGCGCCCGUGCCCAAAGAGUAUCUGAUCAAUCUGAUCGAUUCUCCGGGUCACAUCGACUUCAGCAGUGAAGUCUCCACGGCAUCUCGCCUUUGUGAUGGUGCUGUCGUACUUGUCGAUGCAGUCGAGGGUGUCUGCAGUCAAACCGUGACCGUACUGCGCCAGACUUGGGUUGAGCAGCUGAAGCCCAUCCUUGUCAUCAACAAGAUGGAUCGACUGGUUACUGAGCUCAUGAUGAGUCCUAGCGAAGCCUACUCCCAUCUUAGCCGUCUUUUGGAACAGGUCAACGCAGUCAUUGGUAGUUUCUACCAGGGCGAGCGUAUGGAAGAGGAUCUGCAGUGGCGAGAGCGCAUGGAGGACCGUGUCAACGCCGCUGCUGCACGGGACAAGGAUAAGACUAAAAACAAGUCUUUGGAGGACGAGUCUGUUCAAAGCGUGAGCGACUUCGCCGAGUUCGAGGAGCGUGACGAUGAGGACCUUUACUUCGCGCCCGAGAAGAACAACGUCAUCUUCUGCAGUGCCGUGGACGGAUGGGCGUUUACCAUUAGGCAAUUUGCUGCCAUCUACGAGAAGAAACUUGGUAUCAAGCGAACAAUCUUGGAGAAAGUUCUUUGGGGUGAUUUUUACUUGGAUCCAAAGACAAAGCGUGUGCUAGGACAGAAGCAUCUAAAGGGCAGGGCAUUGAAGCCUAUGUUCGUGCAACUGGUUUUGGACAGCAUUUGGGCUGCAUAUGAAGCGACCACUGGCGGUGGCAAGGGCAAAGGUGACCCUGUUUUGUUGGAGAAGAUCACCAAGUCCUUGAACAUUUCCAUUCCUCCUUAUAUUCUCCGCUCGCGUGACCCGAAGAACAUCAUGACCACACUCUUCUCUCAGUGGUUGCCGCUGUCUACGGCUGUCCUCGUUUCCGUCAUUGAGUAUCUCCCAAGUCCCCCAGCUGCGCAAGCCACUCGUCUUCCUGAUAUGAUUGAAGCUUCACCUGGCUCUGACCAAAUCUCCGAGUCUAUCAAGCAAGCCAUGGUGACAUUCAAGACCGGCCCCGAGGAACCGGUUGUUGCCUACAUUAGCAAGAUGGUGGCCAUUCCCGAAAGCGAAUUGAGCUCAAGCAAGAAGCGUGCUGGUGGCACUAUGACUGCUGACGAGGCUAGAGAGAUUGCUCGUCGCAAGAGAGAAGAGAUUGCGAAGAUGCAAGCAGAGGCUAGCGCAGGACAGAACGAUGGCUUUGAGAGAAUGACAUCCGCAUUCGAGAACACAACUUUGAUUACCGAGACCGAUGAGCCGGAAGAGCCAGUAGAGAAGGAAGACCCAGAACAUCUCAUCGGCUUCGCUCGACUCUACUCAGGCACACUGUCAGUCGGAGACUCAAUCUAUGUGUUGCCGCCCAAAUUCUCUCCAGCCAACCCCCAUGCAAGCCCGGAGCCAAAGAAGGUUACGGUCACAGACUUGUACCUGCUCAUGGGUAGGAGCUUGGAGCCUCUCCAGUCUGUUCCAGCAGGUGUGGUCUUUGGUAUCGGUGGUCUUGCAGGCCAUGUACUCAAGACUGGUACUCUUUGCAGUCAACUCGAAGGUAGCAUCAACUUGGCUGGUGUUUCUCUGAGCACCCCGCCUAUUGUCCGCGUUGCCCUUGAGCCCGUCAACCCGGCAGAUCUUGGUAAGAUGAUUACUGGCCUGCGUCUUCUUGAACAGAGUGACCCUUGUGCACUGUACGAGGUUCUUCCCAGCGGUGAACACGUUAUCUUGACAGCAGGUGAAUUGCACUUGGAGCGGUGCGUCAAGGAUCUCCGUGAGCGUUUUGCCCGUUGUGAAAUCCAGACAGGUGAAGCCAUUGUUCCCUACCGUGAGACUAUUGUCGAUGCAGCGGAGAUGGCCCCUCCUAAGAACCCAGAAUUGGGCCGGGGAAGUGUUUUCUCCGUCUCCGCGUCUAAACAGAUGACCGUCCGACUGCGUGUUAUGCCAAUGCCUGCUGCUGUCACCGAGUUCUUGACCAAACAAGUCGGUACUAUCAAGCACCUCCAGGCAGAGAAGCGCACGGCUGCCGAGUCAAAGUCGGAGGCUGAGUCUUCAGUCGCAGACGGUGCCCCGCAAGUUGACGCCGCUGGUGAGGUUGGCGAGGGUAACGUUCUAUCGCUGAAGGAGUUCCGUGAUGAGCUGGACAAGGUGUUCAACGAAGAGGUCAGGGAAGACAAAGAGCUUUGGAAGAAUGUCGUUGACCGAAUCACUGCAUUCGGUCCUCGACGAGUUGGCCCUAACAUCUUGGUGGAUGCUACUGCAGUCAACACCUGCGAGAAAUUCUUGCUUGAGGACUCCAAGCAGAAUGUCGUUUCUUCCGAUGAUCUGAAAGCCCUACUGACACGCGACCUUUGCGACAAAAUCGCCUACGCCUUCCAACUGGCAACAGGUCAGGGACCACUCUGCCAAGAACCGAUGCAAGGUGUCGCGGUCUUCUUGGAGGAUCUUUCUGUGGAAGCCAGUUCCAGCGACGAGCUAGACAUGGGCCGUCUAACUGGCGACUCCAUCAGGCUCGUCCGCGAGGGCAUCACCCAAGGCUUCCUAGACUGGAGUCCCCGCAUCAUGCUCGCAAUGUACUCCUGUGAAAUCCAAGCAACAACCGAAGUCCUCGGCCGCGUCUACGGCGUGAUAACCCGCCGCCGAGGCCGCAUUCUCUCCGAGAUAAUGAAAGAAGGAACCCCCUUCUUCACCAUCAUCGCCCUCCUCCCCGUCGCCGAGUCCUUCGGAUUCGCCGAGGAGAUCCGCAAGCGUACGUCCGGCGCGGCCCAGCCCCAGCUUAUCUUUGCGGGCUUCGAGGCUCUGGACGAGGAUCCGUUCUGGGUGCCCGCUACGGAGGAGGAAUUGGAGGAUUUGGGUGAGUUGGCGGAUCGGGAGAAUGUGGCGAAGCGGUAUAUGGAUGCCGUUAGGAGUCGAAAGGGUCUUGUUGUGCAAGGGCGGAAGUUGAUUGAUGCCGAGAAGCAGAAGACGUUGAAGAAGUAG